UUAAAUUUUACAGACUUUGUCGUCAUUUGUUCUGGUUUAAAUCUCUGCUCUUUCAUACUAUGGAGAUGGAAUUUUAUAAAUCAGAGCGCGGGCGUAUGAUUUGUGCCGAGCAAGAUGAGCAAAAGCGCCAACCCGAGCCACUGGAUUUCGAGGCUCAGGUGGCUCUGGAGAUUGAGAACAUCCGCAAGUCGGAGUCACAGAUGUAUUACUUAACGAUCGGGUUUAUUCUGUAUCCCGAUACUCCAGUUCGACGUGAAGCAUCUGAACGUCUGCGGAAGGAAUGUGGUUUGCCAUCCCUAUUUAACCCGCCAGAAACUUCGCGUGAGCGUCACCAGCGCAUGCUGGAACACAACAAGCGUGUGAUGGAGGAGGAACUCUGUUGUGUUGACUGCGAAAAUAAUGGUCCGGGUUCCUGCGGCCGUAUGUUGUACACCUUGGACGAUGAGCCUGUUCCAAAUAUCUGGGGAUCUGGCAAUCUGGAGGACUGGAAAGAGCCAGACUUAGAUGUGGAUGACUGGUGGGCAGAGCACAAACUGGAUUUUAAGGAUCCGGUUGAAUUUUUGCCCGUGGACAUGUUAUGGCAGGACGAAGACUUCGGCAUCAUCCAGAAACCGAAGAAGGAACGCAAGCGCAUUUUUGGGCAGCGUCAUCCUCUGCGUGGAAUUCGAUUCCCUUUUGGAAUUGUGAUUGAGUCCAUUAUGGCUCAGUGUUCUUUUAUUUGUGCAAUCUGUGAUACUGUGGUUAUUUGUCAAAUCACGAUGACUCCUCCGGCUUCGGAGAAGAAGAAAGCGGCCAAGCAGGCGCUGGAGAAUCGUGUUACGGCAUGGACGGAGAUAGUCGCUCAGAAGAUGGCUGAACGCACAGAAGCCCAGCAACGUUUUGAGCGUGGCAGAAUUGCCGUCAAGGAGGCUGUAUCCAAGCUCCCCCCUAAGAUUUCUUGA